UUAAGAUCAAUGUGGACCCUAUCUUAGAGCAAUUCGAAUGCCUGGUCUGUAUGAACCACUUCAGGACCCCUCACAUCACAAAAUGAGGGCAUUCCUUCUGUCAGGAUUGCAUCUUUGAAUGCUUAAACCUCAAGAAGCAGUGCCCUCAUUGUAAUGAUGCCUGUCAGCCUGAAGAUGUAAUCAGGAAUUACCAGCUCGAAGACAUACUUAAUCAGCUCAAUGAGGCUAAGAAAGCUGAAUCUGAGAAAUAUUUCGAUAACAUCGCCAACAAUAAUGAUAAUGGCGAGGAAGGAGUUAUGAACAAGAGCCCCAUCGAGACUGUGUUCCUACUCAACCUCAGAGAAGGGCUUCUCAAGUACCAGAAGUAUUACCAAUCUUUACUAGAUGAGAAGUCCAAAUUGAUAGAAGAUAUAGACAAAAAGUUUGCCAUAAAACUUAUGGAAGAAGGUGAUGGUUCAAAAGAAAACAUCGAAAUUGCAAAACAAGCGCAGGUCACCGAAUGUGAAGGGAAAUUUAAAGAGGUGAUUGACAUGCUGGUUCAAAACUACUCAAAUGCAAUUGGGUCUGCCAUCCCUGAGCCUGAAGCAUUGCCAGUCAGAGUCGAUGUGAAUGUCACUAGCAAAGAUAUGGUCAUCAAGGAGAUUUCAAUGAAGCCUUAUGAUUGCAUGAACGACAUCAAGAGGUUAGUCAUUGAUAGAUUCCAGGAUUUGGGGAAUGCUGUUGAGGAAUGGGGUGAUGACGUUCAGAUUUACAUCAGAGGUCCCCUAGUAGUCAAACACAAAGAAGAAGAGAAAAAUGAAUGGGAUAUAGACGAGGGAAUGGAUCCUGACAAGGUCCUUGGAAAGACCAUAAAAGUUGACAGCAUGCUCACUACCAGAGAAAAACUUGGAAUUCAGAACGGAUCAACUAUUGAGAUACAUGGCACAAUCAAGUGAAAAUCCGAUAUGCCUAAAAAGUGUAUGAAAGUUGAUUUUGUCAAAGGAGCUGGAGCCACCCAUAACUACUUUAAGUGAAAUACUUGCAACCUGAAAUGGCUUUGUGAAUCAUGUAGUCAAGCAUGCCAUCUUGGGCAAGGCCAUGUAAUAGUUCCAUUUCUCAAAGACCAUGUCCCUGAUUGGGCAUGCUGAUAUUGUAUGAAGAAAAAGAAGUGUUUGAUUCGGAAAUAGACGAAAAAGUUUAACAAAAUUUCAAUAUGUA